AUGAGUGACCUCGACAAAGCCAUCGCACAGCUGCGAGCCUGUCGACCGAUCCCCGAAGCCCAGGUUCGCGAGCUCUGCUACAAGGCACGAGAACUUCUGAUCGAGGAAGGAAACGUGGUCUCCGUGGAUGCUCCUGUCACGAUAUGCGGCGAUAUUCAUGGCCAGUUCCACGACUUGAUGGAACUCUUCCGGGUUGGCGGUGACGUCCCCGAUACCAACUACCUUUUCAUGGGCGACUUCGUUGACCGGGGCUUCUAUUCGCUUGAGUCGUUCCUCCUGCUCCUGUGCCUCAAAGUGCGCUACCCGGAUCGCAUCACCUUGAUACGGGGAAACCAUGAAUCGAGACAGAUCACGACGGUGUAUGGCUUCUAUGACGAGUGUAUCCGCAAAUAUGGGAGCGCCAACGUGUGGCGAUACUGCUGCGAGGUGUUUGAUUAUCUGGCGUUGGGGGCUUUGGUCCUUGGUGCAAGCUCCGAGCUUGAGCCUACGACGACAGGGUUGAACGACUCGCAGAUGCCUGUCGAGGAUGGGGAGCUAGAGACGGAGGUGUUGAACGCAAAGGGAGAGGUCACCAUGACUACAUACCGGAGGAGACAACGGUCUUCAUCCGAUGCCUCGAACGAUACCCGAGACAUUUCACCACCACGAGAUAUUUCGGCACCACGAAGCGAGACACCGUCGCGACCUGGACCGGCCGGAACAGGAGCUUCAGGAAACAGUUCGGGAAGCCUGAUGACCACGACCGGGGCUGUUCUCUGUGUUCACGGCGGGCUGUCUCCAUUGGUUGACAGCGUCGAUAAGAUCAGGCUCAUAGACCGCAAGCAGGAAGUGCCUCAUGAAGGAGCCAUGUGCGAUCUUCUGUGGUCUGAUCCCGACGAGAUCGAAGGGUGGGGGUUGAGUCCUCGAGGCGCAGGGUUCCUAUUUGGCGGCGAUAUCGUGAAACACUUCAACUACAAGAACGACCUCUCCCUGAUUGCGCGAGCACACCAGCUGGUCAUGGAAGGAUACAAAGAGAUGUUCGACGGCGGGAUCGUAACGGUCUGGUCGGCCCCGAACUACUGCUACCGAUGCGGCAACGUGGCUGCCAUCCUCGAACUAGGCGAAGACGCCAGCAACGGGGGCACGAUCGCACGGAGCAAUGGAGAUUACUUACGGAGUAACGGCGUACUACGGCAUGACGGGGUAAGGAAUAAACAGAUCAUCGGACCGGGACGGCGAUACCGGGUAUUUGAAGCCGCCGCUCAGGAUACGAGAGGCAUGCCGGCGAAGAAGCCGGUAGCCGAUUAUUUUCUGGGAAGAGAAAUAGGAAAAAAUAAACGGUUCCAAAAGGAAAAUACAUAA